AUGGAAGCCGCUGCCGAAGUAGAAGGGCGUCGUCGUGAACUUCUGGGCAAAACGCUUCUCAAUACCUUAGUUAUCAAGAAUUACUCAACGGAAGCCGGUUUUCUCAAAAAACCAGCUUUGGAUUCCAAGUCGAUGUUGAGUUCCGAAGCGGUGACUCGUUCCGAGAUUCGUUCGGUACUGGUUCGACACUGGCGAACUCUGGAUCGUGCUAGAUUGCACACGUUGCACUUGUGGAUGUUCAUCUAUGCUAUCGCUCAAAUAUUCAUCAUGUACUAUUUUAGUGAAGUAAAGAAAUGGGCACCAACGUGCUUCUUUAUUUCUAUUACAUUCGUUGGAUAUUUAUUGAUUAGCUGCUUUUCUAUACGAUUCCGUGAUCAGAGCAGCGGAUUCAGUCUUGUUUUAUUGUCACUUGCAGCAACUAUGCUGUUUCCGGUUUUUAUAUGGGUAUUACAUCUUCCGAUAGUGGAAAGAGUUCACUUGCAUAUGUACGAUCAUUCAUCACUUUAUACUGGCUUAUGUAUAGCGACGGUUGUGCAAUUUUUCGUGCUACCACGUCAUCGUCGAAUAUUUCUUAUUUUGUCGCUGUUGUGGGUGAUAAUAAAUGUGAGCGUCCUUCUUCUACUCAACAAGGAUGCGAUCAAUGCUGAUUAUACUUUUAUCUAUUCAAUGACUUCAUUUCUCUUACAACAACUAAUGAUCAGUUGUGUUGGGAUUGUAUCCGAUUCAAAUGAAGCUGCAAAUCGCGCCGAUAUCGCUAUGAAACUAACGGAAGCCGUUUAUCUGAUUCCUGCUUACCUUACUGACAAGGUCAGCAAGAGCAUCAUUCAGUCAAGCAGCACUUCCGCUAGAAUUAAUUCAAAACAUCACAAACUGUUUCACGAUCUCCAUGUUCAGGUACAUGAUAAUGUAAGUAUUUUAUUUGCCGAUAUUGUGAACUUCACGGUUUUGGCAGCUCAACUGACGGCAAAGGAUCUUGUACGAACUUUGAACGAAUUAUACAGCAAAUUUGAUAAGGAUGCUCAGAAGCUUCAAUGCAUGCGUAUCAAAUUUCUUGGCGAUUGCUACUAUUGUGUGUCCGGUAUGCCUGUGAACCGACCGAAUCAUGCUGAUAUGUGUGUGGUGAUGGGAUUGGAGAUGAUAAAGACAAUAAAAGCUGUGCAUAUUACGAAGACAACAAAGGAUAUGCUGCUUGGUGACUACUGCAUCGUCGAGGCAAAAUCCGAUGAUCCCUAUGUGUUGGCAUGCGGUGAGCCUACAUAUCACAUAUUACCCGACAAAACAUCUGUCUCAAAAAUGGUCGAGUUUUGGGGCGCGGAGACACCAUUCGCUAAUUUCAACAGGAAAAAAUCGUCGACGUGCUUCGAACCAGGCUUAAUUACGGAAGACACACUUCGCCGCCCGAACUACAGUAACACAAUUCAAUCGAUGACUCUUAUCGAAAACAACCUCACAAAUUUCUCGUUGAACAACAUUAACAAUAUGUUCAACUGCCGUGAUCCAACGAGCCAAGUAUCGCCGUACCUUCUCUGGCCAUUCAGCAAUAAGGCAAUUAUCUGUAAUUUUUCUGACUGUAUGGUGUUCCUGUUUCUCUCUUUGCCAGCUUCAUUCGCCAAUAUUCUGAUGAUAAUCGCCAAAUCUGAUCUACAUGGAGUGAAACCAUUCUCGUCUAUGGUUUUCAUGCCAGGUGAAACAAUAACAUUGACAGAUUUCAUAAUAGAGGAACGGCGAAUAGAAAGAGGAAAUCUUCAGCCUGUGUGUCUCAUAUCACGUCUGUGUUUCUCCUCUACCGCAUACCGUACUCGUAUCGCUGCAUACUGUUCACUGUUGAUUUUAUCUAAGGAAUUUGCUCUAUAUUUCAGCUAUCAACUCACAACUGUCGCAAUAAAUCUGUCAUUUCUUCUUGUCCUGAUGUUAUUUAUCGAUUGGAUUACAAACUAUGAGAGAAAGGCCGAAAACGUUUGCAAUGUAUCAUUCAAAAAUGAGGAACGUGAUGUGGAAAUGAUGCAGGAUAUCAACAAGCUUCUAAUUGAAAACAUUCUUCCAAGUAGUGAGCUCUAUGCUCGGCAGCACAAGAAUGUAUGCGUCAUGUUUGCAUCCAUACCGAAUUUCAAGGAUUUUUGGAGUCAGUGGGAUACCAGUCGGAAGUUAGAAUGUCUACGACUGCUGAAUGAGAUUAUAUGUGAAUUUGAUAAGUUACUCUCUAAGCCGAAGUUUUCAUCGAUCGAAAAAAUUAAGACCGUUGCCAGCACUUAUAUGGCGGCUGCUGGCCUAAAUGAAAUUGAAGGCGAUAUUGAAGAAUGCAUGUACCGUAAUGCUACAAUGAUGAUCGAAUUCGCCUUAGCAAUGUCACAGAUACUCGACCAGCUGAACCGCGAUUCAUUUCAGAAUUUCGAGCUAAGAAUAGGUAUGAGUGUAGGUCCAUUAGUUGCUGGAGUGAUUGGUGCACAAAAGCCACAAUAUGAUAUCUGGGGAAAUACCGUGAAUCUUGCCAGCCGAAUGGAUACCCAUGGUGAACCGAGGAAAAUACAUGUCACAACGGAAAUGGGUGAACUUCUGCGUCGUGGUGGCUUUCGAGUACAGAGCCGAGGUAAAAUCAAAGUGAAAGGCGUAAAGGUGAUGGUGCUUUCAGUUCUUCUUUAG